AUGGAGAUUGAAUUUCUUAGUAGUGCCGGUUCGAAGUCCCUCGGCCGUUUUAAAAAUGCUUCAUCAUCAACUACCGUUGCUCAAUUGAAAAAAGAAGUUUACAAGUUAAACAAAAAAUUACAUCCAAAUCGACAAUCAUUAAAAUUAGAUGUUAAAGGAAAAGCUCUGAAAGAUAAUGAUACUUUAAAAUCAUUAAAUUUAAUGGACGGAUCAAAGGUUUAUGUGAAAGAUUUAGGCCCUCAAAUAGGUUGGAAAACAGUGUUUUUAGCCGAGUAUGCUGGACCCUUAGGGGUGUAUUUGCUGUUUUAUCAAAGGCCAUGGUUGAUUUAUGGUAACGAUGUAGAAAAUUUACCUUAUCAUUUUGUUGUUCAUAUUGCAGCUGCAUGUUAUUUUUUUCAUUAUUUCAAAAGAAUUUUGGAAACACUUUUUGUACAUCGAUUUUCUCAUGCUACAAUGCCUUUGACAAAUUUAUUCAAAAAUUGUUCUUAUUACUGGAUGUUUACUGCAUAUGUUGCUUAUCACAUAAACCAUCCAUUAUAUACCGCUCCGAGUUUUCUGCAAAUAUAUUUGAGCUUGGCUUUAUUCUUGCUUUGUGAAUUUGGAAACUUUAGUAUACAUGUGGCAUUGAGAAAUUUAAGACCAGCAGGUAGCAAUGUUCGUAAAAUACCAGUUGCCACAAAGAAUCCAUUCACAAAAUUAUUUAAUUUUGUAUCUUGUCCAAAUUAUACAUAUGAGUUUGGAAGCUGGGUUUUUUUCACACUGAUGACGCAGUGCUUACCAGCUGCCAUAUUCGCUCUUGCUGGAAUGUAUCAAAUGACUGUUUGGGCUAUAGGAAAACAUAAAAAUUACAAAAAAGAAUUUCCAAAUUAUCCAAAAAAUAGAAAAGCCAUUCUUCCUUUUCUUAUUUAA